AGGAAAAAAAAAUGGCUCCUUCGUCUUCAUCGUCUCCUUCCAAAUCUCCUGUUCCAUCUCUUCACCAAUCCCUUCAGUUCACUCCUAUUCUAGAAUGCGAAGAAGAAGACCUACAAGAAGAAAGAUACAAAAACAGAGCAACCCCAAGUAGCGACGGUGGUUCUUCCGCCACACCAAACCACCGCCGUAACAACAACCACCAACACACUCUAACACCUCUCCACCACAACGGAAAACCCUCAAACAGAAAACGUCACGACGACAACGACGAAGACGACGGAGGCGCCGUCUCUUGCAACAAGUGUCGACCUCACCACUCUCACCGUGACAAAUUCUCAGUCGUACCUCUCGAAAGCCACAACAACCCUUCCUUCAUCUCCAGCCCCAAUCUAAUAAUCAAAUCCAUCUUCCAAUCCCUCACACGGAGGAGCCCCAAACCUUCCUCCGCCACGGCUUCGCUUCCUCCCCGCUCUUCAUCCUCCUCUGCCGCUGACGCUUCGAGAGAAGAGCAGUGGCGGUUAGCCGUGGCGGAGCUUUCUCAUAAACUGAUCCAAGCCACGAAAAAGAAAGAAGACGCGGUUAUAGAAGCUUCAAGGUUGAAGUCAUCCAUGGCAGAGCUCGAGAAGAAGCUCAACAAGCUCGAGAUUUAUUGCCACAAUCUCAAAUCGGGUCUUGAUGAGUGUAGCAACAAGAAACAGAGUGUUCCGAUUCGUAAAGACGGGUUCAACGACAGGAUCAUUCAGCAGUUCCUCGUCUCUGUAUCGGAAUCUCGAUCUUCCAUCAGAGCUUUGAGCAGAUCUCUCGCCUCGCAGCUACGAACCGUCGGUGGGAAAGUCUACGAGAGACUCUCUCUUCUUCUUCAACCUUUCGAUGUAAAGAUCAACUCUUUCGCGAAGAACCCUAAAAGUCUGAUCUUUUACCUCGAAGCGAUUCUGAGCAGAGCCUUCUUUGAGGAUUUCGAAGCUUCCGGGUUUCAGACUAACGGGUCGACCCGGAUUUUGAACCCGAUUGAUCGUUGUGAAUCCAAUUACGCUUCGUUCAAUGUGUUGAUGGAGCUCACGUGGGAUGAGGUGUUGAGCAGAGGAACGAAGCAUUUCUCCGAGGAGUUUAGCCGAUUCUGUGACCGGAAAAUGAGCGACGUCGUUUCGAUGCUUUGCUGGAACCGAGCUUGGCCUGAACCGCUUUUACAGGCCUUCUUUGGUGCGUCGAAGAGUGUGUGGUUGGUUCAUCUGUUGGCUAAUUCGGUGAACCCGGGUCUGCAAAUCUUCCGCGUGGAGAAAGAUGACCGGUUUGAUCCGAUAUACAUGGAGGAAACUGGUGGGGAAAGGUUUAAGAGUCUGGUUAGAGCAAUGGUUCAGCCUGGUUUUUACGUCUAUGGGAGUGUGGUUAAGUGCAAGGUGGUCUGCAAGCAUUGCGUCAGCGACGAGGAAGAAUUAGUUGAAGACCGUACGGUCAAGGAAUGUAAUAAAAGCGACAAGAGUUUAAUAAGCAUCUGUAGCCCAUUAGGAGGUUAAUUACGUACGUUGAAUAAGGCAGUUAUAAAAUUGGUGGGGUUUAUGUUUUGUCUUGUCUUGUGAGGUUGUAAUUAAAAAAAAAAAAAAUCAAGUGGCUUUUGCAAGUGAAUAGUUUAAAACUGUUUGGUUAAUGACUUCGGUAAGGAUAUAAUUAAGAAUUAACUGGUUUGUGAAGAUUUGUAGUUGUUGUUGUUGUCAAAGUGAUUCAUGAAAAUUGAAAAGA